AUGAAGCCUACCUACGUACUCAUCGCCCUCAUAGGUGUGGCGACGGCCCUCAACACCCGUCAGACCUCAUCCCGCCCUCGCCGUCCGGCCAGCCGCCCAGCCCAAAUCAGCGACAAUUUCCGCACGCAGGCCCCGCGCAUCCCUUUAGGCGCCCCUGCCGGCUUCACCACAAAGGUCGUGCAGCCGACGCGCGAGCGGCCCCGGGCAGGCCUCACCCGGCUGCCAGACGAGUUCAUCGACGGCCGCCUGAGGCUCCGCCGCGACCGGCACGCCGCCGGUCAGGCCGCGCUGGCCGCGCUCGAGAGGCGGCAGGAGGUCAAGGCGCUCGAUUUCUACGAGUGCGAGAACGUCAACCCGGCGCCGGCGUCGCGCGAUUGCAACAUCAUCAUCGACCAGGUCUACGCGACCGCCCAGGACCUGCUCCUCACCCGCAACAGCUGCGUCGUCUUUGACUACCAGACCUGCCGCGGCUUCUUCUGCUCCCUGUGCGGCAGCAUCCGCGCCAGCGCCGACUUUAUAGGCAACCAGCUCCUCACCGCCGACGCGCUCUGCGUCAGCCAGGCCCGAGCCGGGACCGUGGUUGGGACGGAUCCGCCGCAGUGGGACGCAGGCUUCGUGAGGGCCGGGGCGAGCUUGCCCACCUAUUCGGUGUGUACUUAG